AUGAAGUCACUUCACCCAACCGGUCGAGAAAACCUGGCCGGAGCGGUUUCCAUGCUCGGCUUGGCCUUUUUCUCCGUCCUUCUGCGCUUUGUCGUCCGCUUCACCACGCGAACGAAGUUCACCAUCGCCGACUGGCUCAUCCUCUUUUCCCUCGUGCUCUUCGUCGUCUUCGCCGCUUUACUUAUACACUAUAUCGUCGACGGUCCGGGACCGGGCACGUUCGAACUUACCGACUUCGUCAUCAAUGCCAAAAUCGGAGGGAUGAUGUGGAGCAGGGCGUUCAUGCAGACGCUCUACGUUGCCGACCUCUUCUACAUCUCCAGCAUUACCUUCAUCAAAAUCUCGAUCCUCGCCUUCUUCCACAGCCUCUUCUCCAUUUCCGUCAUCUUCCAGCGCUUUAAUCUUCUCGCCAUCGCCCUCUCCAUCGUCUGGUUCUUCGUCUUUUUCUUCAUCAACGCCUUCCUAUGCCGUCCCGUCCACAUGCUCUGGGAUGCCAUGGGCUCCGUCGAAUACUGCUUCCCCAGCGGUAGCGUUUGGCUAGGUCUCGAGGUGACCAAUUGCAUCAUUGACUUUUAUAUUCUCCUCCUGCCACUCGCGAUGAUCAAUACACUGAAGCUGAACUUCGUGCGGAAAUGCCAAGUGGGCGGCAUUUUCCUGCUGGGUGGACUAGCCUGUGUCACCAGUAUCAUCAAAAUCGCAUACAUGUGGAAUCCCAAAUCCCCAGAGGUCGUACGACUCCCGAUGACCAUGUUCUGGUCGUCCGUACAGCUAGGCGUGGCGACCCUCUGCGCAUGCAUGCCGACGUACGCGGCGUUGUUCAAAACCGCGCGGGAGAAAAUCACCCGGAACUAUCCGUCCAGAAACCCAGCCGUUAAGCCUUCCCACUACUACCGCAUGGGCGAGGACUCCAGCAACGUCAAGUCGCAAUUCACGGUCGGGAGUGCCUCGCCAUCAUAUCAGAUGGAUCAGAUGGAACCCGGGGCGAUCUACGUGAACCGAAGUGUUGAUGUGAAUGUGAAAUAG